CUCCCCUCCCGUCGCCAAUCCUGACACCAUAAGAAGCAGAGGCCUUGACCCACCUCCUCUCCCCGACUGUGUCUCUCACCCCCAAGACCCCCGCCGAGCGACGCAGAGAGAGACGCGGCAAGGGCCCCUCCGAGCGUGACGGACGUGCGCGUGGAGAUGGAGUCGCCGGAGGCGUGCUCUUCCGGGGAGGCCUCGCCGGUGGCGGCGGAGCGGCCGUCCGAGGCGGCGGCGCUGCGGGCGCUCGUCGACCGGGUGCGCGCAGGGGAGGUGGACGCCGCGCGGGAGGUGCGGAGGCUCACCAGGGCCUCCUCCAGGCACCGUCGCAAGCUCGCCGCCGCCGUCGAGCCGCUCGUUGCCAUGCUCCGCUCCGGGGGCCCCGAGGCCGGGGAGGCCGCGCUCCUCGCGCUGCUCAACCUCGCCGUCAGGGACGAGAGGAAUAAGAUCAAGAUAGUGGAUGCUGGUGCACUUGAGUCACUACUUGGUUAUUUGCAAUCAAGUGAUCUGAAUUUGCAGGAGUAUGCAACUGCUGCUCUACUUACGCUGUCAGCCACAUCCACAAAUAAACCUAUCAUAAGUGCUUCAGGAGCAAUCCCUCUACUUGUAAAAGUUCUCAAAGAAGGGAAUCCACAAGCCAAGAAUGAUGCAGUAAUGGCUCUUUACAACCUCUCCACGAUUACAGACAACCUUCAAGCCAUCCUUUCUGUUCAACCUAUUCCCCCUUUGAUAGAGUUACUAAGGGGUGGCAAGAGGUCCUCCAAAACAGCUGACAAAUGCUGCGCCCUUCUGGAAUCAUUGCUUGCAUUUGAUCAAGGUCGGAUGGCCUUGACAUCGGAGGAAGGUGGAGUGCUCACCAUUGUGGAGGUGCUCGAGGAAGGCUCCCUUCAGGGUAGAGAGCAUGCUGUGGGCGCACUCCUAACAAUGUGUGAGAGUGAUCGCAGUAAAUAUAGAGAUCUCAUUCUAAACGAAGGGGCAAUUCCUGGUCUUCUUGAGCUCACAGUCCAUGGUACACCCAAGUCUAGAGUGAAGGCUCAUGUUCUUCUGGAGUUGCUACGGAACUCGCCAUAUUCAAGAUCAAGGCUGCAGGCAGGCACGCUUGAAAACAUCGUAACCAACAUUGCCUCUCAAAUAGAUGGAGAAGACCAUGGUGGGAAAGCUAAGAAGAUGCUUGCUGAGAUGGUGAAGGUCAGCAUGGAGCAGAGCCUGAGGCAUUUGCAGCGUCGGGCUUCUUUCGCAUGAAGUUACUCUAGGUGACCGCCUUAUUUUGCAUUGGAAAUAGAAAAUAGCGCAAAUAAUGAGAUUGCUGAUGAUGCCGGUCCAGGCCUUGAUAGGACAGUGUGACUGGUCUAAGCCUUCAUAUACUUGAAAGCUCUUGAUGUAGUUCAUUUUCGUUUCACUUGCCAAUCUUGUGUGUCGUUCUGGUAAGAGGACAAAUUUUCUUCUCAUUGUAACUUUCCCUUUCCCAAGGUUUUGUGCAUGUAUCAAAAGAAAAGAGGAAAAAGAGGAAAAAUACAGACAUUUCCUUCGAGGAAUGGAUUGUAUAUAAGUAAAGAUCCCAUUCCUCAUGUCUGAGAAACUAGUGUCUUAAAUCUCUCUGUUGAUUUCUGACCACACUUUUGUGUUAACUGAUUACAUGUCUUCCUUUUGGCCUGACAAGCAAA